ACAGCAGCAGGUGCGGCAAUGGCAGGUGGCGGUGGUGGUGGUGGUGAUGGCAGUGGCGAAGCCAGCAACAGUAGCAGUGUGUUGGGCGGACAGCAACAGCAACAGCAACAGCAGCAGCAGCAAAGGGUGCAACAUACUCAGCAACACCUGCAACAACAACAACAGCAGCAGCAGCAACAUCAAACGCAGCUGUUAGAUCAACACCGACAGCUACAAACACAUCAAUUGUGAAGGAUGUCGCUUAUUUACUGGUUGCCUUUCAAAAUCACACAAAGCUGCCUCAAACAUAACGCUGCGUAUCAGCCACGAUUGAAGAGAGUGCGAGCAGCAUAUAUGCAUAUGCAGACGCGCUUUGCUAAAAUGACAAUUAUCAUUAUCUUAUGUUCAGCUUUAGUAGAUAUACAUACAAACAUACAUACAUACAUACUACAGAGUAAAGUAAAAGUUAAUUGAAGAAAAGGAACAAAAAAAAAAUGAAUAAUUAAAAGAUAGCGUAGUUGAUGCAAACGUUAAUUUAACAUUUAUGUUUAUGUCUAACAUACAUAUAUAACUAAGUUUACAUUAAAAAAAAAA